CAGCAGCUGCAGCGUGCCCUUCUGCUUAGCUAGCGGGGCACAUUUGGGCGAAGCGAGCUUUUGUUCCCCGGGCUUUGUGAAACAACUGGCUCACAUAAACCGGCAGCCUCUGCAGGGCUGCCUUUCAUGCGCAGCACAAAGGCGUGGGACGGGGACCCCGGUGCGGUGUGGGCCGCGCGUGGCGCCCCGCGACGAGCCUUGGUGCGCCGGUGGUGAGCCGUCGCCGGCCGGGGGCAUCAGCUGCGCGCCGUGAUUUAUACCUGUGCGAAAACAGAGAGCGAUGCUUUCCCUGACUUUUUUACGAGGGUUUGCUUUUGAUUGAACCCUUCCCCUGCAGAAACAAAAUCAAUAUGGAAUAAGCCUGCAUCUGUUGGAUGUAAUUACUGGGACAGAUAACAAACCGAGGUGCGCUGGCCGUUUCUCCGUCGCAGCAUCUCUACUUUUGUCUCCCACACUCCAGUCGUGCUUUUUGAAAUGAGCCCGAUCUUUGUGUCUCUGUAGCACAACACCUUUUUACAGCAGAAAGGAGAAGGUUGCAGGCCACCUCUUUUUCCGCCCCCCCCUUUUUUUUUCUUCCCGAGGCUUUAGGAGGCUUGUCCGUUUAAAUUAACCUCUAUCGCAGCCGGGCACACAAACGUUUUUGUUCCAGUUCACAGAGGGUUGGUGCCGGUCGGGCUCGUGGCGCAGGCCGGAGGGGCAGCAGCUCCGCCGGCUUUGUGCGCCCUGCGGUGGUCGGGGGCCAGCCCGAGGACGUGGUCCCUGCCUGCCGUCCUUCCCUGCUGGUCGCUCGCAGACCCCCAGCAGAAGCACUCGGUGCCGGCGGGGCGCUUGAGGCAGCAGUGCACGGUAACGGGGCCGUUGCUCCUCGGUAUUGAAUUUAACCGGACGUUUUUCCCGAAACAAAAAGCCGACCAUGAAAGAAGUCGUGGGGAAAGAUAAGGGGCAAAGGAGUCUCAACACGUCUCUUGGUGUUUGAGGCAUCAUCAGAGGUGAGAGGCGAGCGAGGUUGUGUUAGGCUUUCAGUAACACAUGUGUGAGAGCUCCCCUCCCCGCGCCCCUCCCCAGGCAGCUGCUGCGGAGCAGCUUGAGGUUUAAACACGCCUGAGCAGGGCUGCGGGUGUCGCGUCCUCGGACGAGUUAAUCAAGAAGCAAAGAAAGGACACGUAGUUGAAGAGAUGUUAAACCUAUUAAUAAAUUGCGGUGUUGGGUGCCACCUGUAAUCUUCUUCGCUGUGGAAGGUUUUCUGAGCUGUAAAGUGAGUUCAGCUGCGAGAACUGGAACUCCUGAAAACUGCAGCUUUCUUUGUCUUCCCUCUCCCUUCCCAGCCAAACUAAAUCCCAGCACGUUCUCUUCUUUGGAUCUUUGGUGCAGGUUUUGUCUUAACUUCUUGCCUCAGUCUAGAAAAUGUAGACUUUGUUUCUGCUCCACGGUAUAGCACCGGUGCUCCAAACAGCACGCUGCCCGUGCGGACGCCAGCUCUGCCUCCCCAGGCAGACCUCUCGCAGGCAGCCGCGUGCUGUGGGUUUGAGCUGCACGCACAGCAGCGGGUACGGCGCCUUUUCGCGGCUCUGGGAAUCGGCUGCGAUUCCGCCAGCAUCUGCUCCUCUCCCGAAGGCGGCGUGCUGCCGGCCCGCUCGGGAGGCAGCGGCAGAGGCAGUGCCCCGGUGGCAGAGCUUGUUUGCACGAGUGGCACCGCUGGGAGCGAUGACGGGGGCUCGCUGAAGACCGAACACGUGUCCUGAUACUUUAAUUUAUUUGUUCUGUAUUUUAUAUGCUCAUUCAUGGGUUUUAAUGUUUUCUGUACUUGUAUUUUCUGUGCCUGUGUACAGACGUGCCCAGACAGUUGAAUGCCGAGUGCUUCAACAGGAAUCUGAGGUAUUUCUUCUUAGAAAUUCAUGGGAAUUUUGUUUCAAAAAUGAUUCCGAGUACUCAUCUCAUUGAUGGGAAAAAUGACCGGGUUGACCAGCGAACCUGCCUGAUCUGCGGGGACAGAGCCACGGGUCUGCACUAUGGGAUCAUCUCCUGCGAGGGCUGCAAGGGGUUUUUCAAAAGGAGCAUUUGCAACAAGCGGGUUUACAGAUGCAGCCGAGACAAGAACUGCGUCAUGUCACGCAAGCAGCGCAACAGAUGCCAGUACUGCCGGCUGCUCAAAUGCCUCCAGAUGGGGAUGAACCGAAAAGCGAUCAGAGAGGAUGGCAUGCCAGGAGGCAGAAACAAAAGUAUCGGACCUGUCCAGAUAUCGGAGGAAGAGAUUGAAAGAAUUAUGUCUGGACAAGAAUUUGAGGGAGAGGCAAACAUGUCAUGGAGCAACAACGGAGACAGCGACCACAGUUCCCCUGGAAAUGGAGUUUCUGAGAGCAACCAGCCUUCACCUGUUUCUACUCCAUCUUCAAGUAGGUCUGUGGAGCUGAAUGGAUUCGCUGCACUCAGGGAUCAGUAUAUUGGGACGCCGGUGUCCAUGCACUAUCAGUACCUCCCGCACCUUUUUAGCUAUUCUGCUCACUCGGCUCUGAUGCCCCCGCAAGCGCGCAGUCUGGACCCCCAGUCGCACAGCCUGAUCAAUCAGCUGGUGUCAGCGGAGGACUUGGAGCCGCUCGGCACUCCGAUGCUCAUUGAAGACGGGUAUAAAGUGACUCAGGCAGAGCUGUUUGCAUUGUUGUGUCGUCUGGCGGAUGAAUUGCUUUUCAGGCAGAUUGCUUGGAUCAAGAAGCUGCCGUUCUUCUGUGAACUCUCGAUCAAGGACUAUACCUGCCUGCUCAGCUCCACCUGGCAGGAGCUGAUCCUGCUUUCCUCCCUGACUGUUUACAGCAAGCAGAUCUUUGGUGACCUCGCGGAUGUCACCUCCAAGUACUCUCCCUCUGAUGAUGAGCUGCACAGAUUCAGUGAAGAGGGGAUGGAGGUGAUGGAGCGGUUGAUCUACCUCUUUCGCAAAUUUAACCAGUUGAAGGUCAGCAACGAGGAGUAUGCAUGCAUGAAAGCCAUUAACUUUCUAAACCAAGACAUUAGGGGUCUGACUAACGCAUCCCAGCUGGAGCAGCUGAACAAGCGGUACUGGUAUGUCUGCCAGGAUUUCACAGAGUACAAAUACCCCCAUCAGCCCAACCGUUUUCCGGAUUUAAUGAUGUGUUUGCCAGAGAUACGAUAUAUAGCAGGAAAAAUGGUGAACGUCCCGCUGGAGCAGCUGCCUCUCCUUUUUAAGGCCGUUCUACAUUCCUGCAAGACGAGCGCGAGCAAAGAGUGAGCCCAACUUGCCCCCGACCCGUGCCUUACUCUGUGCCUCAGGCAGGGAGCGGGCUCACCUGGAGAGGAAGGGGGAAACAUGACCAGGGCAGGAGGGAAGUGCUGAGACAGGGCAAUGGGUGUCCCUGCCAUUGUAGCAAGAACCUUUUGUGUUUGUUUUUGUUUUUUUACUCUUUUUCCUAUAUAUUUAUUUCACGACAGAGUUGAAUGUAUGAUCUUCAACACGAUGCACAUGGUUCUGUAUGAAUGCAGCAGAUGCAUUCUCCAGCAGUUUACAGAAUGUGAAGAUGUUUAAUGUGACAGUGUUUGUUAGGGUUAGUUCUUUUGUAUUUUGGGGCUGGGGACUGAGAUGACUAAGACUACCUCAAGGAGAAGAUGCUGUUCGCGCACUGCUCUUUCCGUGAUUUGUAUCCAAAAGCGUUUGUCAAAGAGCACAAACUGCCUCACCUCACUGACAGAGCUGUUAGCAUCCCAAAUGGACAGUUUUGGAGAAGUGGGUGUUAGAGAAGUGCCAAGCUUUAUUUUUGUUAUUGUUUAAGGAAAUUAAAAAAAAAAAAAAAAGACGACAGGGAGAGGAAAAGAAGAAAAAGUUUGCUUAGCCAGUUGUUUUUUCUUCCUCUGGCAGUUCUCAGCCACAAAUGGCAGUGCCUGCAGUUUCCUUGGAUUUUGCCCCCAGGAUUGCAGUGCUCCCAGGCUGAGAAGGGCUUGCAACCCCGUUCCCUCGUGGAGCUGCAGGAGUGCAGUCUGCCCUCCGUCUCCAGCCUCACCAGCUGGUCUGCCACUGCUGCUGCACCUUUCCAUUCGAUUGAAAUUGUGCUGUUGCAGGUCGUAGCAGGCCUCUGACAUUACAGCAGCAAGGUACUCUUGUUGAGAGAGAGAACUGCAAAUAAUUUCUAAUCGGUUCCUUAAGAUCCAUUUUACAUUCAUAAAAGCAGGAGAGAAGAGGCAGGAUUGUCCCUUUUAGUAUAUUCCCCCAAGGUGGUAUCUGACUGCUGAGGAGACUUCUGCACUGCAGCAAUCAGAAGCAGCCUGUUUCUGGGAACAGUUAACCCACCUCGUGGUUAAAUGUAACCUGCAUAAUGGUGACCAGGGACUCCAGUAUCCUCUGGCAUGCUUUUCUCUGCUGGACUUGGGGAGGGCAUGAUCCAUAGUUGUAUUCUGCCAGGACAGUUUUACUGCUCAGUGGAAUCCUUUCGCACCAGGAAAAAUUGGUGUGAGUACAGUACUUGGUCAGCUGUUUGUCCCAGGCGUUGCAAGGCUUGGAUUUUCCAUCUAGCAACCUCCACACCACUCCACUGCAUGGAGAAAUGGUUUAAUGACAGCUGGUUAGCUGUAUGAGUAACUGCUAAGUCCUGGUGCUUAUCUAAAUUUGUGUGUUCUCAUAGGAAAUCUCAUGGCGUCUUGCCCGUGGUGGUGGUGGGUAGCAUAGGGAACAAGCUCCUGUUCUGAUCUCUCAUUAACAGUUAACUUAGGAAGAUUCCCCUAGGCAGCCACAUUACCCUGUCUGGACUUCCUUCCCUGUAUCAUUAUAUAUGAUAUUCGGGUAACAAAUUGUUGAGUGCUGUUUUGUAAAAUACUUUGGGAAGCAGCUUCUGUUCCUUCAGGGUCGGAGGAACCAGUUGCUCCCUUGAUGUCUUGUCCUGGUAGCAGCUGUGCAUGGCACACAGUAAGUACUGCUCGGGAGUGAAGCUGCUAUGAGAUGAAAAAGAAUGUGAUGGUGAGCAGGAAUGCCUUCACCAAAGUCGUCUUUCCUUCCCCUGCGUCCCAGAGGGUUCAGCUGCAACCCAAGAGACCUUGUGACCCACUAGCUUGGCACAUCUCUAGGUUAGUCAACAGCGGUGCUGGGUGCUGCCUGCUCCCUUCAGACCUCUCCUUGGAGGUGUGCUGUUGACUAGCGGCAGACCCAAGGCGGCAUUGCGUUCUUUGUGAUUCUGCUUGGGAAUCUUCCAGCUUGUCAGUUUCCCUUUUCUAAAAGUCCACUAGCUGCUCAAUUUUCAUUAUUUAAAUAUGAUGUUACGGGUAACAGCUGCUGGGACCAGCAGCAGUUCGGUUUGAUAGAGCUUCACAAAUCCAAAGCUGGUUCUGUAAAUCUCAUUUACUUUCUGAUUGUAAAAUGAGACAAGCACAUAUUUCUCAGGAAAGCCUUCUGCAUACAGCAUAUACCUCAAGUGUAAAUGGUAAGAGUUUAGUAUAUCUGUUUGUAAGUUAGAAAUUAUUUCUCAGCUUUUAAGUUUAAUUUCCAAAUAGCUUGAUAUGAUCUUUUUAUUACGGGUUAUCUUCUGGCUUGCUGUUUUAUACACUCAAGGAAUUGUUAAAUUGCAUAGCAGUAAUUUUAUUCUAUGAUUACUGAAUUCUUAUAAUCUGUUGAUGAAUGAGAGUUUGUUUUAAUUAGUGUACAUAGAAGUGGUCAUCUUAUUGCCAAAUACCCAACAAAAAUAACAUAUUUGCUAUUCUGUAUUUAUCCAGAAUACUCCCAAGACUAAUGUUGUACCAAAAACAACAACAACAAAAACCACACCUAAAUUCAUAUAUGAUGAUAAACGGUCAAGAAUGUUCUGCUUUCUAUUAUAUAAACCAAAUUGUAUAAAGGCUGAUUGGCAGCAGUAUCUGUUAACAAAUAAUAGGUUUAUUGUAGGGAGUAAAAAGCCUUACUAAAUUGACAAGUGAGGCAGAAGCUGAUAUACCAAACCAGAAUGUAACUCACUGGACAGUCAGUCGUAAUAUCUUCUGCACCAAGUCCUCUAAUGACUUGUAUUUUUUAAACAGGGUAAAGUGAAUGUGUUGCAUUGCAAACUCAGGUAUUAUGAGAAGGUAGGAACGUAGCUAGAAAUGUAGAGACAUUAGGUCAGUCACUAGAUGUAUUUGUGAAUUUGGUUUGAAGGACACCCUGGAAAGGUUGGAAUUUUUGUUCCAUUCUUCACGUAACAUUCAGUUUACAGGGACUCAUAUUUUAUUUGUGCUUAAUGCUAGUAGGGGGAAGUUCAUUAUCUUUGGUACCUAUCUGCUGUUGCUUAUCUGACCUUCUGUCAUAGAGGAAUCAAUCAACAAUAAUAGUCUUUGGUAGAAUUUUCUGCCAUGACAAGUCAAUUUUUAUCCCCGAUUUGAAAGAUAAAUUGGCUGACUGACCCCCUCCUCUCCUUCAUAGUAUUUGUGCAAAUAGAAGGCUGAAGAGUUACUUUUAAUCCGAACAGAGGUUCAGGACAUAAAUUUGAAAUGCCCAGGCUCACAUAUUCAGAGGACUCUUAGUCCUCUUAGGUCUCUUAGUGCUGUUUUACAGCUUGCAGCUCAUCAGCCAGCACAGAGAGCAGAGCAGGCACUGCUGCUGCAGGUGAUGGGGAUGAGUCUUCGCUCGGGUGGCAAGACCCCGGGACCUGAACAAAAGCUCUUUGAAAACCUCUGCAUUUUCUUCCAAAGCUUGCCUUUGGGUCAAGCUUCUGUCACAUGAACGGAGUCGUGACUCCACUGCGUGCGUCAGAGCAAGUUCUUGUCCUCGACGUGCCCCGGCCCCUAGAGAGGGCAAUGGGAUGGGGGCACUGCCAGGAUGCUCAGAGAUGCCACGAACCUCUAAACCAACGGGUUCUGGAGACGGCAAAAUGGAUACAGCAGGAGCUAUUCCUUGAGCCAUUUCACAUCCGUGCAAGCUCCUUUUUAAUUGUUGAUCCUGCUAGCGGCUGUUCCCUUGCUCAUCUCGCGCCUGUUAGCCUACACUGCUGGGCAGAGGCAUCGCAUGCUUUGGGGAACCAGGGCAUAGCUCUGGCUUGUUCUGUAGGUCCUAAAUUCUGAGCUUCUGUAGUCUGCUGUCAGCACAAGCAGUGAAGGGGAGCAGCGGUUUCCAAACGGCGAGGGCAGGCCGCUCGGCCGGGUUGCCGGCUGCGGGCAGCAGGAGCACAGGGGAGCCCAGCCCCGUUACAUGACGGCGAGGUGCGGUGGUACGGCCCCCCCGGCUCCCUCCCUGCAGCACCUUGCCCCUGCCAGCGCUGCUGCUGAGACCAGCUCCAGCCUUUCCCCUGCGCUGCCGUGGGCUCGGGGCGAGCCCUCGAGGGCACGCGGUGCGUGAGGAGUGCUGGCGUCUCGGCCGGGCUCCUGCCGCCCGCGGGGCCGUGGCUCCAUCUGCUCCCGGCUGAGCGCGUGGGCGCGGGCUGUGCCGCGGGAGCAGAAGUGACCUGCACAGGAGGUGGGAUGCAGGUACCUGUCCCGGGGGUGCCGACCGCUCUGAGCCCCUUGCUGCCCGUCCUGCCCUCCCUUACGCGCGCGGCACAUCUGUGUGCCGGCAUGGACAAGGGCUCUUCAGAAGUGUGCACAGAACAGAAGCACAGCCAGCUCAGGUUAAUGAUUUUAAGUCUUGUCCUUCAAACCAACCUUAAAAAAAAAAAACUAAAAAAAAACCACUUGAAAUUCUUUUUAUUACAUUUUUAAAAACAACAAAAAAAUUCUCCCGUGAAUGUGCUAUUUACCGUUCAUUCUUUCUUCUUUCUUGGUUUUGAUUUGAAGCUAUGAAGCUUGGUGUCUGUGAAAAUGUUAUUUCUGUAUUUCUCAGGAUAAUAAGCGGCAAUCAUCCCUGCCACAUAAAAGGCAGGAGAAAGGGGGAAACUUGGGGAACUAGUUUAAGUAUGAAGCUAAUUUUUAAGUUUUAGACGAUGUUUAAAUCGGGGGUAACGCGUGAGAUGUCAGUAUCAAGCUGUGGCGUUUCUCUGGGUUCUCAGUGUGUUGUUUGCAAUGCACAGCAGCUCAGGGAUAAGUAUUUAAAAUGGGACCCAGAGAAACCCGAGUUUUGAUGUUGCAACAGUUGCUUCUUUCAUGACUUGUUUGGAGGACUCUUUGAGACCUGAAUAAAGCCCCGAUACGGAGGUGUCGGGGGGAGAAUUCUGGUUUUCCUGGUGGGACGUUUGUUUAGGCCCCUCCGGUGGCUGUGGGGAACCCCCCAGGGAUGCGUGGGGCUGGCGGGGGCGCUGCGUGGCGUGGGGCUGGCAUGGGGCUGGGGAGCAAACAGCAGCCCCCGCAGCGGAGCUGUGCCGUGCCUCUGGCCGGCGCCCCGCUGCCUCGCCCCGCAGCCCCCAGUCCCCCAGCCCCGCAGCAGCAGCUCCACUGGGGUGGGAAGGGCGAAGCGUGCAGGGCCAGCCUUGUGCGUAGCUGCACGCCUUCACCGGGCACGUCAGCGUCUGGGAGUGGGAGAGAGAGGUUCCUCUGUGCUUCCGUGUUCAAAGCAGCGUGUAAAUGCACUGCAUCCUUUUGCCCUCAGUGCUCAAUGGGUUCAGGUGCUCAUGGAAAAGGAAAAAACGGGCGCUUCUCCUUCUCAGGCAGUCCCAUUCCUGCCGUCAGUGUGUGGCUUAGGAAUUAGAGCAUUUGGAUGUCCGGUUGGUACUACUUCCUUGUCGUGUUUGCCAGGACUGUAGGCUCAUUCAGUCUGGCUGAGAAGUGUACUGACGUGUACAAGCGGUUCACCCGCAGCUGCUGGGAGUAUCCUAAAUGGUGCCAUCCAGCCCGCUGCAGCCGCGGGCAGGGCCGGCACCGGCAGAGCAGCAGCACUGAGCCUGGCAGCAGGUUUGCGGGGCUAAAAGCCACCUCCUCGGCUGUCCCAGCAGCCAGGAUGUGCACGCUGAGUUUAAACCAGCAGAGCAUAAAGCUGGUGAGGGCAGUAUAGGCGCUGUCUUUGCCUUGAAAGAAAAAAUUGAAAAAAAGAUACUGUGCAGUUGACCUCUAACAAGUCUAUGAAAGAAGCAACACAGUUCGGUGGAAGAAAUGCCCCCAAGGGCAAAAAGAAACAGAAAUUGAAACCAGAUGACGAUCAACCUUAACAAAGCCUUUUGUGAUUCAUUGUUUUCUUUCGAUUUAUGAAAUGUCUUGUAAUAGUUGAUAACAUUAUUGACUCGAUUUCCAUAACAAAACUACCUCGUGUGACAUCCUGUUUAUCAUCUCAAAGGGAUUGUGAGAAAAACAAAAUGCUGCCAGUGUUUGUUGCUGGAGAAGACCGGGCUGUGUGAAUGGCAGGAGUUCCCUGCCUGUUGGUGCCGUUAGACGCACCCGUGGUGGUUUCUGACCUCACGUCCCCGAACCACCGGGCACCCCGGCUCGCAGGGGUCCUGCUGCUGUUCCUGGGAUGAAGCACCACGGUGCCACGGGGGCACCAAGCUCCGCGUUCCCUCCUGUUGGAGCGCAGUGCCGUACAGGAUGCGGCUCUUGCCAGCUUGGCUCGUGUUGGCACCCACCACUCCACGAGCAGGCAGCUCCGUCCCUCUGCGGCACGGCGCAGACCUGCACUGGUGGCCCGGGGCCUCCAUGAGCCUGCGCGUCCUGGCUGCGGAUCCCGAGGGAGCAGCUCCGGCCCGCUGGCUGGUGCUCGUGUUGGCCAUUGCUGGCUCGUGGGGUGGGUCCGAGGCCAGUUUGGUCCUCGGGCCCUUCCGCAGAUGCUCCCAGCAGUGGUUUCUCCCAGUAAAACACUGUUUUUCCCACGAUCUCUUGCCUAAAUCAGGGAAGCAGGAUGUUGCCUGGCAUGGCACGUUAGCAGCGGGGAGCCGAGGUCGGGGCAGGAGACUGUGCCCGAGUCCUGCGCCCUGGGGAGCGCCUGGCAGGAGCCGUGUCCCCGUCGCCUUGCUGCGCCCCAGGGAAUGCUCCUCCCGGCCUGGCGCGGCACGGGGCACGGCCGGCCCUGCCGCAGCGGCACCGGCGCAGCUCCCUGCCAGCCCGGCCUGGCGCAGCUCCGCUGCCCCGCUCUGUGACUUGACUACCUGUGGAAAUGUGACCAAUAAGUGUUGAACGCAUGUGUAGCGAGUGUUAGCUGUAUGAACUAAUAAAUGUGAAUUGUUCUGC